AGGAAGAAGAAGCCACAGGUGCCAGCGGCCCCACUCGCCUUUGCCUUUGCCGCCAUAUUUCCCUUCUUCUUCUGCUCCGCGAAUGGAACCCACAGAGAGAUCAAAGAAAGAAGUAGAUGGAGGAAGCACGAUUGGACUAUGUUCUGGUGCCGCUGGGCUUGACGGUGUUUGGGCUUUACCACCUCUGGCUCCUCUUCGCCAUCCUCCAUCGUCCCGCCCUCACCGUCAUGGGCCUCAAUGCUCAGAGCCGCCGCCAAUGGGUCUUCUCCAUGAUGACUGAUCCACUGAAAAAUGGAAUUUUGAUUGUCCAAACACUACGCAACAAUAUAAUGGCAUCCACCCUUCUGGCAACAACAGCCAUUACUCUCAGUUCACUGAUCACUGUUUUCGUCAGCAGCAAAUCAACAAGCGCAGCAUCAAAAUUAGUUUAUGGCAAUCAAACUCUCACGAUUUCUUCUAUCAAGCACUUUGCUCUGUUAGUCUGCUUCCUUGUAGCCUUUCUUUGCAAUGUGCAGUCUAUUAGGUACUAUGCCCAUGUUAGCUUCUUGGCUACCUUGCCUACAUCCAAAGGCAGAAGGGACUCCAUUGAGUAUGUUGCAAGAAACAUGAACCGUGGAAGCUUCUUUUGGUCACUUGGGCUGCGAGCCUUUUAUCUGUCAUUCCCUCUAUUCCUUUGGAUCUUCGGGCCAAUUCCAAUGUUAUCGUGUUGCUGCAUAAUGGCAUUUGUGCUCUAUUUCUUGGACACAACUACCAGUUUUACGCGGCAGCUUCACAUUGACUCCAUGAAGGAGGAGCCAAAAACUGCUGAUGUUUGACGAUCAGGAGGUUUUGCUGUUAAAACUGGAAACUUGACACUGAUCUCUGAAAUAUCAGUAUAAAUAGAAAUAAGUCUGGUGUAUCCGAGUUAGCUUUUGUAAGCAGUCAGCCUAUAUCAAUUUAUGCAUGUUGUUGGAUCCAUUCUUCAGAUCGAUUUAAGGUUAAUGUAUAUGUAAUAUAUAAACUUUAGGUGAGGAGUAUUUGGAUAUGAUCAUAUAUGGUUAUCAUAAUAUCAUCAAUGCAUCGCUACCAUCUUCUUUGCCAUCAGAAUGUAGGUUGGCUGUCUCAGUGAAAGUGUAAUGUGUGUGUAUUGUUUGAGUUGCAACCCAAAUAGGCAAUUUUUCAUUUUCUUGCCACUGU